AUGGCGGCGGGUUCGUGCGGUGCGAUUGCAACGAACGGGGGAGCAGCAACAGCGGCGGCGCCGGGAGCGGGGGCGGUGCUUGACUGUGAUAUUAGCGGGGCCUUGAAUUUAGAUGCGAACUUCGUGCCUGGGGCUGAUGACGUGGCGCAGCUUGAGAGAGUGCUGGCGCAAGCUGACGUGGCAUCUGUUACAGAGUCUAGCGGACGAGCCGUCAUUCCCGAUGCUGAUUCGUUUAACCCCUUGGGAUUGCCGCCAGACGUUUUGGUAGUUCCAAACAACCUGGAUGGGUGGUCAUCCUCGUUCAAAAACGAAUCAAUGGAUUCGCUACAGGAUUGGGUGAACUGGUUCGAAGGGCGCGAUUCUCAAGUAAACGUAGACAGAAGUGAGUCUGAGAGUGACACGUGGGGAAUUGGGGAGUGGGAGAAGUGGGAGAGAGGGGUACCGAGUGUGGAUUCUGAGAAGGAGUUGUUUAUUCCGGAUGCCCUUCCGCUGCUGAGGGAAGAUUCCCCGCUAUUGGACGACUCGCAGCGGGAGCAGCAUCAGAACCAGAGACGGAACGAGGUUGCGAAAUCGGUGGAAUUUCACCCGCUGCAGCAAAACUUAGCUGAUGAGGGGGGCGAGGAGCGGGUGGGGGCGGAGGUAGCGGGGGAUUUAACAUUGCAAGAGGCGUCGUCUGUGUUGGCUGCCGAGCCUAUCCAGACAGCUGGAACUGCCGAACCUGCUGAGCCUGCCGAACCUGCCGAGGCUGCUCAUCCUGCUGCUUUGAAAGCCUUCUACUGGACAUACGUGUUCAACUGUUUUGGCGAGCACUCGUGGCGGUUUGCGGGUGCAGCGCUGCUCGCGCUGCUGCAUCACUCGCUGCUGCCCGUGGCUGUGGCCAGCUUCGUCAGCCAGUUGGUGGUAUUUAUAGGCGCACCUCUGGUGGGAGAGCUCAUGGACUCAGCUCCUAGAGUGGCUGCCUUCAGCACCAUCUCUGUUGCUCAGACCACAGCCAUGGUGGUAGCAGCACUAGCCACCAUACACGCCAUUCAACUCGCCGCCCCAGCUGCAGCAACAGCCACUGCUGCAGGCGCAGUUGCCACGUCAGCCGCCACGUCAGCUGCCGCGUCGGCUGCCACGUCAGCGCUGGCUGCUCUUCCGGGCACGGCAGUGCUGCGGCAAGUGUGGUUCGUGGUGCUGGUGGUGGCUGGCGCUGUUGAGAGGCUCACUGGCCUGGCGUCAGGAGUGGCGUUCGAACGGGACUGGGUGAUUGUGCUGGCUGGUCAGGAUCGACCGGUAGCUCUGGCCAAUGCCAACGCCAUGCUGAGGAGGGUGGAUUUGUGCUGCGAGGUAGCAGCACCACUCAUCUUUGGCUGGCUUAUUGUUGCCUUUGGCCCACUGAUUUGUGCCAGAGCAUGUGUUGCCCUCGUUGCUCUCUCCCUCCCUGCCCUGCUCGCCCUCACCAUGCUCACCAACCGCCUCUCCCACGGAGCUCUCAGCAGACCUCGACCUGAGAAGUCUGAGAAUGAUUGCCAAAGCGGAGAUAAGACUUCAAACGAGUGUAAUGGGAAUGUUACCAUGACUGAUCUAAAGUCGAAGCAGCAUAAGCCCUCCGCGUCCCCCGCAUCGUCCUCACUACUCCACUCCUAUGAGGGGUCCUAUGAGGGGUCCUAUGAGGGGUCCUAUGAGGGGUCCUAUGAGGGGUCCUAUGAGGGGUCCUAUGAGGGGUCCUAUGCACUUCACUCCUUCUCCCCUCCAUCCUCGCCCCUCCUCCCCCUUCUCGCCUCGUCUGCUUUCGGCAGCAGCGCUCCAGCUACAGGAGUAGCACCUUCCUUGGCACUAUGCUGCCACUGCUCGUCCUUGCACCCUGUUCCCGGGUCACACGGGCCACACACAUCGUACCGUUCAUGCUUGCUUCCCGGGCCUGUGCCGCAGAGUGCUGCGAUGACAUCACUGGGUUUAGCUGCAAUGACAGCACAUUCACAUACAGCCGAUCACAGGCACACGCUGCCACGCGCGUGCAGCGCUGGUCGCGAUUGCGGUGCUGCUGCUGCCGCCCCUGCUGCCACUGCCACUGCCCCUGCUGCUGCUGCUGGUCCCGCCGCUGCUGCCCCCGCCGCUGCUCCUGCUGUUACUGUUGCUGCAGAUGGUGAUGGGAAAGCGCUGGAUAAAGCAUUGGAGGGGUUGGGGAGAGUGACCAAGACAGCAGGAAAAGCACUCAAUACAGCAGCAGCCGGGGUGGGGAAAGUGGCAGAGGCAGCAGGGAAGGGGUGGCGGUGCUACGUGCAGCAGGCUGUGAUGCCAGCCAGUGCGGCCUACGUGCUGCUCUUCUUCAAUGCUGUGCUGUCUCCCGGGGGCCUCCUUACGUCGUUCCUGUCGCAGCAUGGCGUGCAGAUGUCAGUGAUAGGGGCCUUCAGGGGCGCCUGUGCUGCCACGGGAUUUGCCGCCACCUUUGUUUCGCCACCGCUCGUGGCACGUCUGGGUGUGCUACAGGCUGGCAGUGCUGCUCUUGUCUUCCAAGCUCUCCUCCUUGCCCUCGCAGUGGGAAUCUUCUCCUCUCUCUCACACUGCCCUCCGGUGCUGCAGCAGGGGCUGAUGCUACUCUUCCUCUUGCUCGUCGUGCUUUCCCGAGUGGGCCAUUGGACGUUUGAAAUCGUCGACUCUCAGAUCAUCCAAACAGCCAUCCCCCCCGCCUCGGCCAAUCUCAUCGGAACCACCGAAAUCGCCCUCGCCAGCCUGGCGGAGCUACUAAUGCUAGGAAUCGCCAUAGUCGUUCACGAUCCUAAGCACUUUGCGGCUCUCGCUGCCAUGUCCAUGGCGGCUGUUUUUGCUGCGGCUGGGGUUUACUGCUCCUGGCUGGCUCGGCCCGACCCGAGGAUUCAGAAGCUGUUCCCGAACCAGCCGGAGGUUCGGUGGGGAGAGGUGUUUGGGAGGUGGGGGAACGGAGGGGGGAGGAAGUGA